AUGGGUCAUCAAUUCCGUUUAACAAAUUGGAAUGAAGACGAGAGUCCAACUCGUGAUGUUAGGGAUCCAAGAUAUCUGAUGGCCUCCUAUUCUCUUCCUUCUCUUGCUUUUAACAAUCACACAAGAUCAUUUGGGACCAAUCAUCAAGUCGUACUUGAUAAUAUCAUGCAAAACAAUCCUCUUCACUCAUACAUUACGAAUAUUCAAGCUACUACUGAUAAUCAUUAUCAUUCUACUAUGGUAAUUCCAACACCCAUCAAUAUCAAUAAUUAUAAUGAUAAUCAGACUUCUCCUUCUUCCAACUCGUCUCCACCGAGACUCUUUGGUUCAUCUCUAACUUUAGGUCCUACUUCCAGAAGUAGAUUACCAAAUUUUGUAAGAGGAGAGAGUUCAAAUCAAGGUUCACAAGUUGGUGGAACUUCAAGAAGACACACAAAUCUUCCUCCUCAUACUUUUCAACAAGAAAGUGUGAACAAUAAUAAUUUCAUGUCUUUUGAAGUAGGCUCAUCUCCGUCCUCUCAAAGUCUAGGUAGGGGGUUUAGUGGUUAUAACCACAACAAUAACAACUACAACAAUAACAACAAUUUGGAUUUAUUUGAUUCUAUUCAUGAGGGAAUUGAUGAGAUAUUUGUUCAUAGCACCAUAAAUGCUCAACAACAUGUAAGGCAUUUACCAGAAGAUCAUGUGAGUCAAUUUGUCACUCCAUCUAUUGUUCAUGUGCGGUCUAAUAGUUCUGUACCACGACAACCACAACCUCCUUCCGAUCCUUCGACAAUUAGUUACCGCGUAAACCCUUCUCCACCUCCUCAUGGACCAAUGUUCAAUACCGCUGAAGAAUUUGAUAAUCACAUGGUGACUGGUACAACAUUGUCUAGAUCUGGGAAUCUUCGUCGCUAUAAUAAUCACAUUCUCACCUUAACCUCUCCUGAACUUAUGAACGAGAGAAACAGACUUAGGGAUGAGGUUUUGAGCACCCUACAACAUCUGCAGAAUGGUCGUUCCGUACGGAUAGAGGAUUUGUUGAUACUAGAUUACUCGAUUGUGCUAAACGUUCUUGAUUCUCAAGAACGUAUCGACAUGCUACAUAGUAUAGAUGAUUGGCCAUAUGAGGAAGACUAUGCGGAAGGGGAUAUUACUGGAAGAUUGGAUUGUAGACACAUAUAUCAUUUUGAAUGCAUUAAACAAUGGUUGCUGCAGAAGAAUAUUUGCCCAAUCUGUAAGCACACAGCUCUGAGAGUUAAUGAAGAUGUGGAUGAAAGAGAUUGA